AGACGCAUGACGUAAGCACAGACGAUAUUUAAACAUUGUUGAAGAGUUUUUUAUUUCUAAGAUUCGCUCGAGGCCUCGUACAUCAGGUACAAUUUUUUCUUGUCGCUGAGAAAUAAACCAUUCGAACACUCGAUUUUAUCCUCCAUAUUAUGCUUCCAUAUUACGAUGACGUCAAAGCAACACUACAUAACGCAUAUACUGUUAGAUGUUUUGCUCCACAUUUAACUUAUCAACAGUUUAUAAUUUGCAAUUGCCUAGAUUGCUUCUUGUUGACAGUCUUUUCGGUUCGCAUUGCGUGUUAAGUUCAUGAUAAUAUCUAUGACGCAUUUAGCGAUUAUUCCGCGACCUUUUUUUCGUCGCGACAAUUUCGCUAUGUUAGCAAUUGUCUCCGUCGGACGCUCCUUAUUACCAAAUACGCAAGCGAGCAUUUUGCCCGCAAAACUACGAACGCGUAUUGAUCAUUUCUACAUUAAACAUAACUCGACAUUAUACAUGUGUCACGCGUAUCGCCGCAUGAUUGGAUAAGAAAAUCGUUAUAAAUGAAAUCACCGGACUGGACUUAGAUUCCGUAGACUGUGCACUUUGAUAUUUUUCUAGAAUGUAGCGCUCUCAAGAUUAUGUUAACGCGACAGAAGUUAGUUCAACAUCGACUAGGGAGUCCGGCGAUUCGCAUAGUCGAAUAUCAGUAUAACGCUAUGUGCGACCACACUCGUUUCGCGAUUUAACAUGUGGCAAGAGACACACUUUAUCGUUAUUUUAUCGUUAACCUGAAGUUAAUUCUAAGUGAUUUUAGUUUCGAAUGCUUGGGAAAGACGGGUUUUUCCAAAUUUUCCGCGAAUUUCUUCGGUUUCUCUCCCAAAGGUGGAGAAGAAAUACGUUUGGAAAAAUCCAUGUGUGUUCGUUUAAAACCUGCCACAUUAAUUUUUCUUGCACGCGGAAAAUAAGAGAUAAGAGACUGAAAAAAAAUCGCGAAAAAACUGGAAUACUUGAUCUCUUCUGAACCUUUUGAGCAUGUGACCGAUUGAAUUUUACACUUUGCAGUUGAAGUUCCAUUCUUAUGAGGAAGGAUUUAAAAAAUGGUGUGGCAUUUAUAUACAGGAUGCUCCAGAAUAAUCUUUACCGGGAACGUAAACAAAUGAACAUUCGAGCAUAAUCAGCCCUUCACUGAAUCUGAUUCACUCAAAGCGCGUGACGCGAUGGAGGUAUUGAUACACGAAGCGAGUAGCGGACAGGAAACGAGCGCAAACACGGCGAUUUGUACGGUCGAUCCUAAAUCUACGUCUAAGGAAAAGCGCGAGGAUAUCGGCGAGCUGUCCCACGUUGGGACGCACGAUAAUAACAGAGAGUCAAUCGACAUCAUCUUUGAGGAUAUCACUUAUACUGUAAACCUCGGCUGUAAAAAAGGACAAAAAGAGAUACUGCAUGAGAUUAACGGCAGACUUCCUGGUAAACAGUUGAUCGCUUUGAUGGGACCGUCCGGCGCGGGGAAAUCUACAUUACUCGAUGUUCUAUCUGGUUUCCGGGUGACCGGAGUAGAUGGUAUUGUGUUUGUCAAUGGACGUGUUCGACAUCUUAACACCUUCCGCAAAUGCAGCGCGUACAUUACACAAGACGAUCGAUUGGAGCCUCUGCUGACCGUAUUGGAGAACAUGAGAGUCGCCGCUGACUUAAAACUGCCAACGGACACGCAGCAACACAAGAAAGAAAUGAUCAUCGAAGAGAUUCUCACGACACUUGGCCUGUACGAACACAUGCAAACGAGAGCCGGUAGAUUAAGUGGCGGUCAAAAGAAACGGCUGUCCAUUGCAUUGGAGUUGGUCAACAAUCCCACGGUGAUGUUCCUUGACGAACCUACCACAGGUCUGGACAGCUCAUCAUGUAUGCAAGUCGUAAAUUUGCUGAAGAUACUCGCGCGACAAGGAAGGACAAUAGUUUGCACUAUUCAUCAGCCUAGUGCUUCCCUAUUUCAACUGUUUGACUUGGUGUACGUGCUGUCAGAGGGAGAAUGCCUUUACCAAGGAGCAACGGACAAAUUAGUACCAUACUUGGAAAGUAUAAAACUACCGUGUCCUAUGUACCACAACCCCGCAGAUUAUAUAAUCGAGCUUGCCUGUGGAGAAUAUGGUAAAGAUAAAAUUGACACUUUGAUUAUGGCGUCUCAAAAUGGAAAAAACUUGCAAUGGUUCGACAAUCCGAAAGCUUUGAAAGAUGCAAAAAGUUUAAGAGCGGCUCAUCCUCUGAAAAGUUCAAGUGUUUUGGGAAAAAGGAGUACCUUACACGCGACAAAUUUCUCUCAUCAAUUGAAAGUCUUAUUGAGAAGAGGCUUUAUUAUGAGCAAACGAGAUACGACCCUGACGCACUUGCGGAUCGGAGUUAAUAUAGUCGUCGGUAUUAUGCUCGGAUUGGUUUUUCUGCGUUCCGGCGCCGAUGGUUCACGUGUUUUGAAUAAUUACAAUCUCCUCUUUUCUGUCCUAAUACAUCAUAUGAUGACAACGAUGAUGCUCACCGUGGUGACCUUUCCCAUGCAGAUGUCCAUCCUCAUUAAGGAGCACUUUAACCGAUGGUACAGUUUGAAAGCAUUUUAUACAGCGUUAACGUUGAUCGAUCUGCCGAUUUCGAUAGUAUGCUGCAUAUUGUUCUCAUUAAUUGUGUACUUCAUAUCGGCGCAACCAAUGGAAAUCAUACGAUUUUCUAUGUUCUUGGCCAUUAGUUUACUAAUCAUGUUUAUAGGCCAAGGUACCGGCCUCAUGAUAGGCGCCGUAUUCAAUGUAGUGAAUGGUACGUUCAUGGGACCGACAAUAGCGGUACCUUUAAUGAUGUUCGCUGGAUUUGGCGUAUCCUUGCGUGAUCUACCGAGCUACCUCAAGUGGGGUAGCUACGUCAGUUAUUUACGAUACGGUUUGGAGGGAUUCGUCGGCGCCAUCUAUGGAAUGGACAGACCCAUUUUAGAUUGCAAAGAGAAGGGGGAGAUUUAUUGUCAUUACAAAUAUCCUCAAAAAUUUCUGUCAGACAUUGCUAUGAGGGGGGACCAAUUCUGGAACGAUAUCAUCGCACUUUUUGCGAUAUUGAUCAUCACACGAUGCAGCGCGUAUCUACUUUUGCGAUGGAAGCUCAUGUCAUUGCGAUAA